CACACCGCCAUCCUGAAUAGGCGGAAGGAAUUCAAUCAAAUUAUUAUGACCGUUUGACGGUGUUUCUCGAUCUCCAAUCUUCGUCCACCACUCCCGUCCAAUUCAUCCCGAAUUGUCCGCAAGGGCCACUGUUCUUGAACAAUGGCCUCCGCGUGGUGCUGGAGCUGUCUUUCCCGGCUGCGUCCAACACCGCGAGCCAUCCUCCCUCCGCCGGCCGUCACACCCCGGAUUACCAGCGCCCCCUUCCACUCGACCGCGGUGCAAUAUGCCAAUCCGACGAAGAAAAAGAGCAGCCUUGUCGCCACGAAGUACCGCCAAGGUCAGGUACUGAAGAGGAAGAAGAAGGCCAAGACCGAGCGCGCGCGUCCCCCGGCCGUCGGAGAGCGUAAGGCUUUGCGGAAGCGCAUUGUGCUCAGCAACCCCAAUGCCCUUGAGGUUGAAGGCAUGAAGGAUCUGUCACCGGAGACAAUGGUCGAUUCUCGUCUUCGUGGUUCUGUUGUUGGUCUGCCAGUUCCCAUGUUGGAGCGAUUGAGGGCUGUGCAGGCUUUCAAGCCUAAGCAGGGUUGGUCCAUAUUCCGCCGGCCGGGUACCGUUCUGCGCCGUGAUACCAUUGAGAUGGGUCGUCUGUUUGAGAAGAUCUCUGGGGAUGGCGAUGCCCCUGAGAAGGGCAAGGUUAUCAAAAAGAUCAUAACUGGUAUGAAGGGCUCGGGCAAGACUGUGCAUUUGCUGCAGGCUAUGACUAUGGGCUUCCUCAAAAAUUGGGUUGUGAUUACAGUUCCGGAUGCCCGGGACCUCGUCUCUGGAGACACCGCCUACUCUCCCGUUGAGGGCAGCAAGCCGACACAAUAUGUCCAGCCUAAUGCAGUUUCCGCCCUCCUGACCCGCACCGUUGAGGCCAACCGCCAGGUUCUGUCUACCCUCAAGGUCUCCCAGAAGCACCCCGGUCUGUCCGGCCUCAAACCCACCUCGACACUUGAAGAUCUGGCCAAGCUGGGCUUCCAGGAUGCUGCCAUCGCCUGGACUGUCUUCCAGGCUCUGUGGACCGAGUUGAACGCCACUGCUGCCGCCCCGGGAAUGGAGAACAACUUUGAGGCCCGCCCUCCUAUGCUCGUCGCCGUGGACGGUCUCGCUCACUGGAUGACCGAGACGGCCUAUCGCGAUGCAGACUUCAAACCAGUCCACGCACACGAUCUCAUCUUCGUGCAGCACUUCCUCUCCCUCCUCAAGAGCGGCCAAUCCCUGAAGAACGGCGGCAUGCUCCUGUACGCCACCUCGACCUCCAACAACCCGAGCAACUACAGCCUCGAAGUUGGUCUGAACCAGCUGGCCGCCCGCCAGGCAGGUAUUGCCCCUACAUCCGAGGAAUACCCGCAACCCGAGGCCUAUAGCAACCCCAACGCUCGCGUCUUGGAUCUCUUCAAGCCCGCCACCGGCAAGGAGAGCGCCCUCGAGCUGCAGACCCUCGGCGGCCUCGCCCGCGACGAGACCCGCGGCUUCCUCGAGUACUUCGCGCACAGCGGUCUGCUGCGCGAGUCCGUGAAUGAGGAAUGGGUCGGAGAGAAGUGGACUCUGUCUGGUGGUGGUAUCAUCGGCGAGCUGGAGAAGCUGGGCCGCCACGUCCGCACCGCUGCUCAGCCUGUUGCACAGCCUGUCGCUGCUGCGAACUGA